UGACGUUUGAUAAAUUAUGGGAGGCAUGUCCUUUGAAGUCCGGGCUCUGCCUAACUCCAUUCGUAUUCCGUAUCGUUUUCCUCUUUGCGUGAUUCAGAAGAAAUACCAGUGCUCUUCUUUCUGUUCUAUCGUCACUCUCCUUUAAUUAUUCUGUUUCUGUUUUCCGUUUCCCUUCACUCUCAAAUCUUCAUUAUUUCGUCUGGAUCGGUGAUCUUCAGCAAUUUUCUUCUUUCCCAUCCUAAGAAUCUCGGGGGGGAAAUCUUCUGGAACUGAAGUAUAUAUACUGCUGAAUGUCCUAGACUGACACAUGUAGCACGAUAUUUUGAUUGUCGUUGAGAUAGGCACCACCCGUAAUGCCGAAUGAUGUGCCUCCAUGAUGAAAGCUCUGUAUUUGAGAUCCAUGAGGUUAUAUCUCUGGUAUUACUUCAUGCUCUACAGGAGUGGGUUAAAAUUCUUUAGCUCAUUUCUUCUCAUUUCCCUGAUGCAUAGUUGGCACACGAGUUUUUUGAGAGUGCCAUUCACAUUAUUGCAUGAUCUUUGUGAAGAUGGUGGAAUAAAUUUGUCUAUAUAUACGUAUAGUUAUAGAUAUACUCUUUCCCAUUUGUAAAUGAUAAGCCUUUAUGUGAAUGAAAUACUGGUGCAAUAUUUCAUCUUACUGUGAGAUUUGACAUGGAGAAUAAACCAAAUAUAUUAAUGCAAAGAUAUGAAUUAGGAAGGUUACUGGGCCAAGGUACCUUUGGAAAGGUAUACUACGCCCGCAGUACAAUAACUAACCAGAGUGUAGCUAUUAAAGUGAUAAACAAGGACAGGGUUAUGAAAUCUGGACAAGCCGAACAGAUCAAGAGGGAAAUAUUUGUAAUGAGACUUGUUAAACAUCCCAAUAUUAUACAGCUUUAUGAGGUUAUGGCCACCAAAAGUAAGAUUUACUUUGUUAUCGAAUAUGCUAAAGGCGGUGAGCUCUUUGACAAGGUGGCCAAAGGAAAGCUCAAAGAAGAUGUGGCACAUAAAUAUUUUCAGCAGCUAGUGAAUGCCGUAGACUUUUGUCAUGGUAGAGGUGUAUACCACCGUGACAUAAAGCCAGAGAACCUUUUGUUGGAUGAAAAUGGGAACCUAAAGGUUUCUGAUUUCGGAUUAAGUGCUUUAGCUGAUUCUAAGAGACAGGAUGGCCUACUACAUACACCUUGUGGCACGCCUGCCUACGUUGCUCCUGAACUCAUCAAAAGGAAAGGUUAUGAUGGUGCCACAGCUGAUACUUGGUCAUGUGGAGUAGUUUUGUUUGUCUUACUAGCAGGUUAUCAUCCUUUUCAUGAUUCAAAUUUGAUAAUGAUGUAUAGGAAGAUUUCCAAAGCAGACUAUAAGUUCCCUAGUUGGUUCUCCCCAGAAGUACGUAGACUGUUAAUGAAGGUUUUGGAUCCAGAUCCUGAUACUAGAAUCUCCCUAGCUAAGAUUAAGGAAUCUUCUUGGUUUAUGAAAGGGCCAUUUUCUAGAGAAAAGAAAUCUGAAUGCGCGAACAAGGGUGUCUCAACAUCAGGUGUGAAGCCUUGUGAUCAAACCGAUGAAAGUGAUAGUAUAGCAGCAGAAGCAGAAGCAAUGCGACAGUCAGUUGUGCCCACAAGUAUAAAUGCUUUUGACAUCAUCUCACGUUCUAAAGGUUUUGAUCUAUCUGGAUUCUUUGAAGAUAGUUUCAAGAAGAGAGAAGCCAGAUUUUCUUCGAGGCAACCAGCCUCAGUCAUUAUCUCUAAGCUGGAAGAAAUCGCUAAGCGUCUGAAGCUGAAAAUAAAGAAAAGAGAUGCAGGUAUGUUGAAAUUAGAUAGCCUCAAGGAAGGUAGAAAAGGGAUUCUAUGCAUCGAGGCGGAGAUCCUUGAGGCGACUCCAGUUUUCCAUUUGGUUGAGAUGAAAAAAUCGAAUGGAGAUACAUUGGAAUAUCAGAGCAUAUUGAAAGAGGAAAUUAGGCCUGCUCUUAAGGAUAUUGUUUGGGUUUGGCAAGGGGACCAGCAACUACAAUCACAACCAUCAGAGGACCAGAUACAGAUGCAUGACCAGCCAGUGACAACAUCCACAUCUAUAGCGCAUUCGUAAUCUGAAGCCUUUUGUUGUCUGUUGAAGUGUGUCACGCGAUUCGAGAGAGUUAUCAACUUCAUUCAAAUCGAGCAUACCCAGAGAGUCAUCCUCUUACCAGCAACAUCAAAAAGAUCAAAAAUCUUUUUAUGUGAGAUUGGAAUGUCACUUUGAACCAUAUUCUUGGAUAAGCUAAUCAAUGUACGGACAAUCUUGCUCACCUUGCAAACUAUGGUAAGUUUGAUAUUAAGGUUUUA